AUGCCCGCAAAGGAAGAAUCGACUGCUGGCGCCGACGUGCCUGCAGCAAAGAAGCCUGCACCCGCCGCCGAAGAGCUCUCGGAAGAAGACCAGAAAUUGAAGGACGACUUGGAACUUUUGGUCGAAAAACUCGCAGAACCCAACCAGACCGACUCGGCCUACGCAGAGUACUUGACCACAAUGAAGAAUUUUAUCAAGGAGUCGACCACGUCGAUGACCGCGGUUCCCAAACCAUUGAAGUUCUUGCGGCCGCACUAUCCAGUUAUGGCUGAUUUGUACGAGAAAUGGUCCGCUGGAAGCCAGGGCAGCGCGCUUCUUGUGCAGCUUGCCGAUGUGCUUUCCGUGGUGGCGAUGACGUACCUGGACGCCGGGAAGCGCGACUCGCUCAAGUACCGCUUUCUCUGCGACGAAGGGUCUGGAGGGGUGGCCGAUUGGGGCCACGAAUACAUGCGCAACUUGGCGCUUGAGAUCGGCGAGGCGUACCAGGAGAGCUUGGGCGCGGACGACGCGUACACGGACCGGUUGGUGGCGUUGUCGCUCCAGAUCGUGCCCUUUUUCCUACAACACAACGCGGAGGCCGAUGCGAUCGACUUGUUGUUGGAAGUCGAGUCGAUCGAGAAGUUGCCGCAGUUCUUGGACGCCUCCACAUACGCGCGCCUGUGUCUCUACAUGGUCAGCUGCGUGCCGCUCUUGGCGCCGCCCGACGACAUUGCGUUCUUGCAAACCGCGUUCUCCAUCUACUUGUCCCACGGCCAGUUGACCCAGGCGUUGACCUUGGCCAUCAAGUUGGACGACGAGGCCUUGAUCAAGCAGGUCUUCGAGGCCACCAGCGACGUCUUGGUGCACAAGCAGUUGGGCUUCAUCUUAUCGCUGCAGUUCAACCGCUUCCGCAGCCCCGACGAGGACGUGGAGGUCCAGGAGACCAUUUCCAACGUCAAGUUGCCCGAGUACUUUGCCUACUUGGCCAAGGAGCUCAAUCUUUUGGACCCCAAGGUUCCCGAUGAGAUCUACAAAUCCUACCUAGAAGACUCGCGCUUCUCCUUCGGUAGCGGUUCUAUCGACUCUGCCAAGCAAAACCUUGCUGCGUCAUUUGUAAAUGCAUUCAUCAACAUGGGUUUCUGCAAGGACAAGCUCGUGUCAAACGUCGACGAGUCCAAGUCCUGGAUCUACAGAACAAAGGGUACCGGAAUGGUUUCCGCCACUGCUGCCAUUGGCUCCAUCUACCAAUGGAACAUCGACGAUGGUUUACAGGCUUUGAACAAAUACACCGAAAGUAACGAUGACGACAUCAAGGCCGGUGCACUUUUGGGUACCGGUAUUGUGUCGGCAAACAUCAACGAUGAGGCCGAGGCCGCCUUCGCUUUGCUUCAAGAAUAUGUCACUGACCCCAAGAAACUCUUGCAAACCUCUGCCAUCACCGGUUUGGGUAUUGCAUUUGCUGGCUCUGCCAACGAAGAGGUUUUAGCACUCUUGUUGCCUCUCGUCUCUGACACCGAUGUUCCAUUGGAAGUCUCCUGCUUGGCGUCAUUGGCCCUCGGCCACGUCUUUGUGGGCUCGGCACAUGGCGACAUCACGUCCACUGUUUUGCAAACCUUGUUGGAGCGCGAGGCCGCUCAUCUCAACAACAAGUUCAUUCGCUUCAUGGCCAUGGGUCUCGGACUCUUAUACAUGGGUAAAACCGAGCUGAUUGACGAUGCCUUGGACAUCAUUGAUGCUAUCGAACACCCCAUCAACAAGACAUUGAAGGUUUUGAUCAACAUUUGUGCUUAUGCUGGAACUGGUAAUGUUUUGCAGAUCCAAUCCUUGUUGCAAAUGUGCUCUGCUAAGCCCAAGAAGGAUGCUGAACCUAAACCAGAGGAGGGAGGAGAUGAAGAAGGCACCGCAGAGGCCGGUGAGGCCGGUGAACCUGCUGAAGCCGCUGCCACCGAGCCAAAGACCGAGCCAGACACCGCUCCUGCUACUGAGGACGUCGAGAUGGAGGAUGCCUCUGAAGAACCACAAACCGAGGUUAAGAAGGAGAAGGAGGAGGCCGCUGAAGAGGCUGAAGCCGAGGAAGAUGACGAAGAAGAAGAAGAGACCGAGGAAAUGUAUCAAGGUAUUGCUAUCUUGGGUCUCGCAUGCAUUGCCAUGGGUGAAGAUAUUGGCCAAGACAUGGUGUUGCGUCACUUCUCUCACUUGAUGCAUUACGGCAACUCUUUGAUCAGAAGGGCAGUUCCAUUGGCCAUGGGUCUCGUCUCCGCCUCGCACCCACAGAUGAAAGCGUUUGAUACUCUUUCCAGAUUCACACAUGACCCAGACUUAGAAAUCUCACAAAACGCUAUCUAUGCCAUGGGAUUGGUCGGAGCCGGAACCAACAACGCCAGAUUAGCACAAUUGUUGCGUCAAUUGGCACAGUACUACUCCAAAUCGCCCGACUCGUUGUUCAUGGUCAGAAUUGCACAAGGAUUGUUGUACUUGGGUAAAGGUACAUUGACGUUGACGCCUUUCAACAUCGAGCGCACGAUCUUGAACAAGGUCUCAUUGGCUGCGUUGUUGACCGUCUCUGUUGCCUUGCUAGAUCCUAAGUCUUUCAUUCUCAACGACUCGACGUCCGAGACUACCCACCAAUUGUUGUACUACUUGACGCCAGCAAUCAAGCCAAAGAUGUUGAUCACUGUGGAUGAGAAUUUGAACCCAAUCAAGGUCAAUGUCAGAGUCGGACAAGCCGUGGAUGUUGUGGGACAAGCGGGUAAGCCUAAAACCAUCACCGGAUGGGUGACACAGGCCACGCCUGUUUUGCUCAACUACGGCGAGCGAGCCGAGCUCGAAAAUAACGAGUACAUCAGUCUAUCCCACACGUUGGAGGGGAUUGUGAUUUUGAAGAAGAACCCCGAGGACAUGGAGGUCGAUAACUAG